AUGUUCUCCUCAUCUGCCGGAGGAGGCAGCGACAACAAUCGCAGUCCUAGCAUCAACACCAUUUUGCCUUACGUAUCAGUCGAAGGACAAACCAUUCCGGCGCCCGAACUGAUCAACGAUGCUUCAGACACGGCCCCGAUCGUCGAUUCGGAUGAGGGUCGCAGUUUCGAGAGCGAUGCCACUAAUCCGACCGUACAGGUGCUCUCCUCGAACCCGAUCAACUCACGGAGGGCCUACAUUUCCGUCGGGAUCCUCUUUGCCAUCAAUCUUCUCAACUAUAUGGACAGAUAUACCAUUGCAGGUGUAUUACACAGUGUACAAAGCUUUUAUGGGGUCAACAAUACGAAACUGGGACUCUUGCAGACGGCCUUCAUCGUCAGUUACAUGUUGUUCUCUCCGAUAUUCGGUUACAUUGGAGACCGCUACAAUCGCAAAUACAUCAUGGCUUGUGGCAUAUUCUUCUGGUCUUGUUUGACCCUGGCAGGGUCGUUUGUUGGCAGAGAUAAAUUUCAUCUGUUCCUCUUCCUUCGAGCCCUCGUUGGCAUCGGUGAGGCCACCUACUCCACCAUAGCUCCAACCAUUAUUGCUGACCUUUUCGUCAAAGAUAUGCGAUCUCGGAUGUUGAUGGUUUUUUAUUUUGCUAUCCCGGUUGGCAGUGGACUCGGUUACAUCGUUGGUUCAAACGUUGCCUCUGCUAUCGGUAAAUGGCAGUACGCUCUCAGGGUCACACCCCCACUUGGUAUAAUCUGUACCGUGCUGAUUGUCUUUCUUCUGGUUGAGCCUGAGAGGGGGUCCAGUGAAGGGGGUACCCACCUCAAGAACACCUCAUACCUCACAGACAUAAAGGCUCUUCUCAAAAAUAAAAGUUUCCUGUUCUCAACUAUUGGCUUCACAUGUGUUGCAUUUGUGACGGGAGCGUUGGCCCUUUGGGCUCCCUAUUUUAUGUAUGAUGCCAUACGUCUCUUGGAUGGAUCAGCAGAAAUGGCAGACGUUAGCCUAAAGUUUGGCGUCAUCACGUGUGCAGCUGGUUUCAUUGGUGUUGCUGCUGGCUCUGUUGCUGCACAGUAUUACAGGAGACGAAACCCUCGAGCGGACCCUCUCAUCUGUGCAAACGGGAUACUGUUGUGCACCCCGUUCUUAUUCUUUACCCUGGUUACCAUGCAGUAUUCCAUCACAGCCUCUUGGGUUUUAAUAUUUAUUGGGGAGACGUUUUUGUGCCUCAACUGGGCAAUUGUGGCAGAUAUUUUAUUGUAUGUGGUCAUUCCUACAAGACGGUCACUUGCUGAGUCAUUUCAAAUCAUUAUUUCCCACAUGUUUGGUGAUGCUGGCAGCCCUUAUUUGAUUGGAUUGAUCUCCGACCACCUGUCCUCGACCUACCCCGAGUACAUGCAAAAGACCAACUUCCUGCAGUUCAUCACACUCCGUGCUGCCCUCUACAUUACAUGUUUUGUCUGUGUCCUCGGUGGCGCGGCCUUCUUUGCUGCGGCACUUUUUGUAGAAAAAGACAAAGAAAGAGUCGACAAUCUCAUCCGAGGUAUUGAAGAAGACACAGAUGAGGAGACUAUUCCACCCGAAGUUCUCUAA